AAAUUGGGAACCAACCCAGAAAAUUGUGGCCGGGCACUACUUAUCCACGCCAGAAGCAGAAAUGAGCAGAAGAGAAUAAUGCAUAAACAAGCCUUGAUACGUUCCCUCCAUCAUCUCAAUUCUCAAUUCACGAACCCUCGCAUUUCUGGUGUUGCUAUUAUCGUGAAAAGAAAAAGGAACGGUAGGUGGCAUUAGUAGCACUAUGCUAUUGAAAUUUGAAAGGGGAACUAAUUCCUUCCCCAAUACGAAUUGAUCUAAUCCAAAUUCCGGGAUAGGAAUAAUCCGUUUCCGAGAAAUGCUAAUUUGGCAAAGCUGCAUUUUCGUUUGCGCCUCUGCAAUUCCCGCAGCAUCUGAUUCCCUCACAAUGUCCACCACGCCUAUUUAAUCGGCUCACGAUGCGAUUUCCCAAGAGGCACUUCUCCUUUUCUCUCUCCAACUUCUCUCCUCCUCUCCCACCUCUUUUCUCUCCUCGCCUUCUUUUUGUCUCUGGAAUCGGCGCCAAACCUCCUCGCUCACUCGCCAACGCCACGUCACCAGGAGUUAAUCCGUUGUUGCAUGCUCAAUAUUCAAUGGAUGGGAACCAUGAAAUUGAUGUACAUGAUUCAAGAUUGAGGGAUUUGCCUGGCCGUGAUGGCAGCAAACAGCCACGUGUAUGGUCAUCUCCUGAAAAUGGAGUUAAAACUGAAAUAGGCAAGCAGAUAUUUUGUAACCGGUCACUGAAUAUGAAGAACAUUAUUGCUGUGGGAUUUGACAUGGAUUAUACUCUGGCACAGUACAAGCCUGAAACCUUCGAAUCUCUUGCUUAUCAAGGCACAAUCAAAAAGCUGGUUUAUGAUUUGGGAUACCCUCGCGAGUUACUAAAUUGGUCUUUUAACUGGAAGUACAUGGUCAGGGGCUUGGUUCUUGACAAAAAAAGAGGCAACAUAUUGAAGAUGGAUCGCCACAAGUAUGUGAAAGUAGCCUAUCAUGGAUUUAGAGAGUUAUCAAAAGAAGAUAAAGUUGGGACCUAUGGAAAUACUUUAGUACGUGAUUCUUUUGAUGAGCCAGACUAUGCUCUAAUUGAUACACUCUUUUCACUUGCGGAAGCCUACUUGUUUGCUCAACUGGUUGAUUUUAAGGAUUGCAAUCCUGACAAGAUUCAGGAGGGUGUUGAUUAUGCUCGCAUGUACAAAGAUGUUCGAGCUGCAGUUGACUUGUGCCACCGUGAUGGAACAUUGAAGCAAAUGGUUGCUAUAGAACCAAAGCGGUAUAUUAAUGAAGACUCCUCAAUAGUGCCCAUGCUUGAAAUGCUCAGAGACUCUGGACAAGCAACGUUUUUAGUGACAAAUAGUUUAUGGGACUAUACAAACAUUGUCAUGAAUUUCCUCUGUGGAUCCAGUAUGGCAGAUGUCAGUAACAAUUUCGGCUGGCUUCAAUACUUUGAUGUUGUUAUCACUGGCAGUGCAAAGCCAGGAUUUUUUCAUGAGGAAAAUCGUGCCACCCUAUUUGAGGUUGUGCCUGAGACUGGAAUGCUACUCAAUACAGAUAAUGGCUCUCCUAUACCCCAGGUGGGUAAUACCUCAGCAAGGCUAUUCACAGAAGCAAAGAAUCAUGCUUGUCCAGUUUUCCAGGGAGGCAAUGUUUCUCAUCUGCAUAAACUGCUUUCCAUUGAAUCAAGUUCACAGGUUCUCUAUGUUGGGGAUCACAUUUAUGGAGAUAUACUACGCAGCAAAAAGGUUCUUGGAUGGAGAACAAUGCUUGUAAUCCCAGAGCUGGAGAAGGAGGUUAAACUACUCUGGGAAUCUAGGGAUUCCCGCAAGGAACUUCAAUUCUUGAGGAGUGAGCGUGACUGCAUUGAGGAUGAAAUACAUCAUUUGAAAUGGUCUCUCAAAUUCAAGAAUCCAGAUGCUGAUUCCAAGCAGAAGUUAUCUUCUGAACUUGAUAAAUUAAAGCUUGAAAGAGAGAGAGUGCGAUUAAGUCAUCAAGAAGCUCAGAAAAAAUUACAUCAAAGGUUUCACGAGCCAUGGGGACAGCUUAUGAAAACUGGUUAUCAGAAUUCUCGCUUUGCUCAUCAGGUUGAGAGAUUUGCUUGCCUUUAUACUAGUCAAGUAUCUAACCUGGGCUUAUACUCUCCAGACAAGUAUUACAGACCUAGUGAAGAUUUCAUGCAACAUGAAUUUGGCAUUAUGGCUUGUGAGACGCCAGACAUUUAAGUUGAGGAAUUUGGGGUAGUUUGGAUUUGGAAACCGAAUUGCCGAAUUCUGCUCUGCCCAGUGUUCCUGGUUCUCAUCUCCCUUCUCUGUUUUGUUGGCUUUGGACAGAGCUCCGUUUAGUAAUUGAUCUCUCCCCCUCCCCCCCAAAGAAAAGAAAAAGAAAAAAUUGCUAUAUAGUAUUAUUUUUAACGUUUGCUACAGUGGGUAAAAAAUACUAGAUUUUAGCGUUGUAUAGUUUCGUCGGGCACUUAACAAAAGUAAUUCGUGCCACUAAGCAGCAGGAAUUACACUAAUUGAGUUUCAUCCUUUAAUGUUCGAUUAGUAUUCGGUUGCGCUUAAUUCACUAA